AAGUUACUACUUGGCUUGUGACGUCACCAGGAUUAAUUACGCAAUUACAAGGAAUGUGCGGGCUGGGAAAACGUCCGGCCAGAGAGAAAGGGGCAGAAGGUGGGCGAGGUGAGUCAACGCCUGUCAUGUCUUAGGGUAGGAGGUGUUCAUAGACACCCAGUCUGCGGGUUUCACUUCCAUCGAGUCCCCCCUCGGUCCAGCAGCGACAGCACACCUGGUCCACGGGAGCGGCGGCAGGUAGAGGCGAGGAGGACCUCGGUGUCAGCGGCGUGUGAAGAACGUAGACUGGGCGGAGACGCCGAGUCUGAAAGGCAGGCUAUUUAACGAAGGCUUUGCCAAGACUGCCUUGUUGUCCGGUUUUACAGAAACAGGCAGCAUGGGUGAGGCACCGGCCAGAGGAGAUGAUGCAGUGACACGAUCUGCAGAGUAUGUGGGCUCAUUUCCCGUGGAUGACUGCUGUUUGGAUGACCAGAUGGAGCAACUGCACACUCAGAUGAAGUUAUUUAAAACAUGCAACCGGAGGCGGCCUGUGUCCCUAAAAUUCUCCAUCAAAGGUGUGAAAAUGUAUGAUGAGGAUGAAACGACCCUCCUGAUGGCUCAUGCCCUGCGUAGAGUCUCUCUUUCCACUGCUCGGCCAACUGAUGCCCAGUUCGCCUUUGUCUCCCACAACCCAGGCAUCACUGAUGCCCAGUUGUACUGCCAUGUUUUUCAAGCUAGGCAUGCCAGGGCGGCACAGUUCCUGAACCUGCUGCUGUGCCGCUGUUUCCAGCUGUCUUACUUAGAGAAGCACCCAGAGGAGGCCCAGGAACGCUCUGCUGGCUCAGUGCCUCGUCGUAAUCCUUCACUGCUCAACCACGGUUUCCCUCUCAGUGUCAGUGCCUUGGUGUCCUUCAGAAGAGCCCCUUUUCAAGGGCUGUUGACGAACACCAAGAAAGGUCAGAAGCCACUUGACGCACCGCAGAGCAGCCAAGAUGAAGCCUCCCUCUUCUCCACCCCUUCCCUGGUGCGGAAGCAAGCUAUCCGCACCAAAGCGCUGCGCUCUGGGGCUUACCGCUCUUUCACUUUCACGCCGCUUAAACAGCGCAGUGUUCAGGAGCGACUGAAUGCGUCACAAGAAAAGGAGCAAGACGAGAUGACGGGGAAGAGAUCCCGAGCUCCGAGCUUGGCCGAAACCGAAGAAGCACUGGCUCAAGCUGUAUGGUGUUGGGCUGGAAUCGCAACAGACAGCAGCUUUUCUCUUCUCGAAGAUGAUGUUCUGGGUUCAUACCUCCUGUGCCCUCAUCCUAAAAAACCCAAAUGUGGCUCCAUCAUCAUUCGCUUCCCAUCUGGCCUGGUCACCCACCUCAUAGAAAACACUCGUAAAGGGAAAUUCCUGCUAGAGAAAUGCAAGACUGAGUUCAGUUCCAUAGCAGAACUGAUUGAAUAUUACACCGAAGCCCAGGAUGAGCUGCCGUGCCCGCUGAGCUGUGCCCGGGUAAACCACUGUUACGAGUGGGAGGAAAAUACCAGCAAACUGCAGACUGUGAAUCUGAACGAAGCCAAAAUGAAAAGUACCUAAGGAAAGGAAUGGGGCUAAACCCGGGACACAAGCUCCAGGGUUCUUUCUUUUGCACAUAUAUCAUCUCUUACUUUUUAAUCACGUGGUGUUGUAGGGAGUCUUAAUGUGCAGUAACGCAAUGCACCUCAACAAAUAUAGCACUUAAUGUAUAUAGCAUAAACACCAUUUCCUCACAGGGUACUUAUUCGUCAAAGAUGUGAUAUUUUGUGCUUGCUGCUUUUUAUGUUUUUAGCAUCUUUUUUUUUUGUUUUUUAAAAAGCAUGUGCCUAUAAGGGCUCAUAAGUUUAUUGGUGUUUUUGCACGUGAUGGCCAUAAUUAUUUUUCUUUUUUUUUUUGCAUGGUAAAUGUUAUUCAAAUAUAUGUGGCCAAUUUUUAUUGUUUCAUUGAGUUUUAAUCUUGUUUAUACGUAUGUUUUUCUGAUAACAUUAGACCUAAAAAAAAAAAAAAAAUUUUAAGCAAGACUACUAUCAUGUCCAUGAGGAAAUGUGGCCAUGACCUCAAUUGAUUUCUGUAACCUGCUGGUUCAGUGCCAGUUUAUUAGUUUUAUAAUUUUUAGGUUAUAAUGAUCAGUUUCUUUUGAAACUGUUUUAGAGAGGCACUAAUUCAGCUGAUCAUGUUGGGGGACAUACUGGGGUGGACAAGGUAACUGAAAUACCAGUUGAUAGAAAAUGGCCUUCUCUACACAUGACCAGAGUCUGCUGAUUAUUUCUUCUGUUAAUCAUUUGGUCUACCACAGACUGAGCAUUUUUUAUAAGGCCCCUCACAGCUUGGCAGAAUUAAAGAACUAUCCAAAACCAUAUUAUGUUUUGCAAAUCCUUUCAUUUGGCUUACUAACUAAAAAGAAAAAUGAAUUGAAGAAUCUUAUCUAACUAGUUGGUUAUUUCAGCUCCAGAAACUUUCAAAAAGCUGCAUUAUAACUUGCAUGGAGGUGAUUUUUUGCAGGGCUCUUUAAACACUACAUUCAUUUUAGCUGUGUGUACCUAAUCAACAGCCAACUGUGUACAUGAAAUAGA